AUGGCAGGGGACUCCAAGGCCACCACUCCCCCUAGCGCCGGCAAAUCACCAGCUUGUACUUUACCCUCCGACAAGGUCUUCUCCAUCCAGAUUGGCUCGGAGCUCUUUCGCCUUUCUGGAGCCUCAAUUGCCUCGGACGCACCCUCCUAUUUCUCUCGCUUCUUCGAGGAACAAUUGCGCCUGGUCGAUGCCUCCAAUGUUCGAACCCUCUACAUUGAUCGCGACCCAGCCACCUUUCAAGACAUCGCCCGCCAUCUUCAAGGCUACCAUGUCCGACCUCGAGAUGGCGCCCAAUUCGUGAAGCUAUUCGCCGACGCCCAAUUCUACACCUGUCAGAUCCCCCGCCCAAUUAACCCCCAAUUUUGCGACCGAGUCCGUGCUGAUCCAACCACAGUGCCACGGUUGAUGUCCCAAUUAUUCGAGUCCGAGAUCUUCAUCCAGAUCGGCGACCGCCACUUUCAGAUCCCUCGUGAUAUCUUCUCCGGCCCUGGUGAUUCCCCGAACUUCUUUUCCCUAGGUUUCGGUGCCUUUUUCGCCUCGCCCUCCGAAGUGUUCCCCGGCCUAGACCGUGUCGGCCUGCUUCGACCCCCUGCUAUCAUACCCCCAAGCGUUCCCAAUCGGUCUGCAGACGUAUUCGCAGAAUUGCUGCACCUGCUACGCGGAUACCCACUGCACAUUCGAAAUGCCGACCAUCGUGCAGAGCUACUACGGGAUUGUCGAUAUUUCCACCUUCGCGGUCUAGAGCAGAAGUUGAUUCCCCAUCACAUCAGUUAUAACCCCUUCCGUCAACGCUCGGAGAUUGUCAUUCGCUUGGAAGAUGUACGACCCUCGGGUGUGCAGUUCGCGCCCGAUACAACUUCUCGAACGGGCGUUGGGUCGGUUCUGUAUGCUCGCCCCUUCGUCGACGAGAACCCGGCCGACUUGAUCCUGGAGAUUGCAGAUGCCUCUACGUUGGUUAACAGAGCCGCUCGCCGGGCAGACUUUGUUGGAUUGACCAAGUCUCGCAUGGCCAGCUUGCUCCAGGUAGUGGCUAAGAAGAUGGGUCUUCCAGAUUCCAAAUUCGGUACGAUUCCCAUCAGGGUUCGCUGGGGACAGGCUACGGAUAUUGUAGUCGACGGUGAAUCAAACCCGACCUGCCCGGCGAAUUUUGCGCCGGACUUGGAGACGGAUGAUGAUUUGCCGCCAGCCAAGCGCCACCGAUCAGAUGCAUCCGAGGGGUCUUACAGCGAACCCUGCGUAGUGAGGACGGGACAAUGGCGACUACAGGUGGAAGCGGACAACAAUGGUACAUACGAGGUAGUCCUAAUCGCGGUCAAGUUGGAUACGUGGACAACUGCCCAAGUGCGAAACCAGUAUCAAAAGUUCCUCUAA